AUGACUGAAUAUUGGGUUUCAAAGCAGUCUUAUUUCUGCAAGUACUGCGACAUCUUUAUUCGAGAUGACAAACCCUCGAGAGCUCAGCACGAAAAUGGAUUGCGACACAAGGGGAACCUAGAAAGAUACAUCCGGGACAUUUAUAAGAAAGAAGACCGAGCCCAGAAAGAACGAGCCGAUGAAGCUAGCCAGGUUUCCAAAAUAGAAAAAGCCGCACGAUUAUCACAUCAACAGAAGGACUUGGCUGAUACGCAGACGGGAAAAGAAGCGCAAGACGAAUCGGAGGAAGCAGGCGAACCACGCAAGCGUACGAAAUAUGAAAAGGCAGAUUGGAAAGGAGCCGAAAAUGUUCAGAACUAUAGCGAUGCUCGCAGUCUGGGAUUUGUUGUGGAGACAGAGUUGGAAGAGGCUGCGAGAGCUACAGAAGAAGAAGAAGCGCGAUCCAAAGAAGGUCUGAUGGGUAAAUGGGAAGCUGUGGUCAAGAUUCAGUCCGUCAAUAGAGGAGCAUCGAGUUCCAAGACGAUCAAUCGCGAAAAGAUUGCCUCUCAGUUGACCAAUGAUCGUGAUCCGGACAACAAGCCGAUUCGGAAAUUAUUCACUGAACGAAACUUGGAAACAGAGACGGAGACGCUUGAGAAUAUGGAAGUCAAAGUCAAGGUCGACCGUCGUUCGAGAGCUCAAAAAUGUGAAGAUGGGUCAGGAAUCCAUGGAUCAUUACAACCCAUUCGACUCGAUGGGCUUCAAUCUGACGAUAUCGGCCAUAUCAAAGCAGAGGACCCCUCACCAUCAGCUCCCCAUCCCUUGGCCAGUAAUGUCACUCAAGAAGAAGACGUCAAACCCAACGUUGAUGAAGUCAAGGCACCAGUAGUCGAACCACCCGUGUUUUUCAAAAAACGAAAGGCAACGCAAGCACAACCGCGGCAGAGGACUUAG